AUGGAUUCGGACUACGAUACGAUGAGCCACCUGAACGCCGCUACAAUUCAAGCAAACUUUGCCUCGCGACACAGUAUCAACAAUGAGGACCUGGAGCUGCAUCAUAGCGACAGCACCUUGAGACUCAACACUAACAGCGAAGAAAUGGAGCUGAAACGGGCACCAAUGCCUUGCUACACAGGCCGAUAA